UGUGCCUCUGCAUACUUCCUGCCUCGGCAAUGACGAUUAUGGUUUUCUUCCUUCUCGCUCUCAUUCUCUUCUCCGCCUCAUCUUUGCGAGUUACUAAAUGUGAAUCAGAAGCUGAAGCUGAAGUAGUUGAAGGUACUGAGGAAGGAGGAGAUCUUGGAAUAGUUGGUGAGGAUGCUCAAGACUUUGGCGAGGAAAGUUUAAGUCCAGCUCCUGGAGUUGAUACAGUUUGUGUUUUCCCCAAAAACCCUUCUAAGUCUGUUCUAGCUGGAGAGGAGAGUGAACUUAUAGUUGGAAUGAAAAAUGAUGGGGAAUCAACACUGAAUGUCUUAUUCAUCAAGGCCACUCUUCAUCUUCCUUUUGAUCAUCGCUAUUUAGUUCAAAAUCUCACUACUCAGGGGUUUAGCAACUCAACAAUUCCUCCUUCUGCCCAAGCAACACUUCCAUAUAUAUUUGGUGUCAGCAAAUUCUUGCAGCCUGGAACAUUUGAUCUUGUUGGAAGCGUUAUUUAUGAAAUAAAUAGACAACCUUAUCAAAACAUAUUCUACAAUAGGACUAUUGAAGUCACUGAGCCUGGAGGCCUUGUCAGUGUUGAGUCUAUUUUCUUGGUUUGUCUUGGAGUUGCCUUUGUUACCCUUCUUGGGUUCUGGAUUCGUGAUCAAAUUCAAAAGAACACAACCACUAACAGAUCUUUUGUUUUCGAAAACAUGAAAGAGUUUUAG